UGAACAUUGCCAAACCAGAAAAGAGAAGAGAAAAAGUAGGCGCGUCUUUUCAAAUGCUCUCCAUUGGCAAAUUAACUAUUUAAAAAUAGCCAAAAGUUCAUUCAGUGAUGCUGGUGGUCUUGGUUAAAAAAAAAAGUUUCCCGAAGUGUAUUUGCCUGUAGGAUACAAAAUACGUCUUCCUCUUGAACGUUAUACAGAUUUUUCAUUGCGUGCAAAAUAUAUGUGUAUGUAAAAAUAGAUAUAUAAAGAAUAGAAGACAUUUUAAAAGAGAAUCGGCAAAAUAGAAGGUUGUAGGAAAGAAGGACAAUUUGUAGAAGAAGGAACAAAAGGAAUAACAAGAAAGAACCAACGAAACAAAUUGGUGGCGCAGGACAACAGUGGAUUGCGAAAUUGAAAAAAUUAGGUGUAAACUGCUUUGAAGAAAGAGAGAAGAAGGGAUCGGCUCAAGCGAAAGAAAGGAGUUGCUGACUCGAGUGUACAUUUAAGUAAAAUGGAGGACCAUGAAAUAAUGGAUCAAUUAUUAGAACAUAGACAACAAAAUUUUGUCAUAGAUAAUAUGAAUGCUGUUGCCGGCUGUGGUGGUAUUGGGGUUGGUGAUGUUAGCAGUGGUGGCGAAAUCUUGGGCGUUAAAUACGACGAACAACUUCAAGCCGAAGAACAUGACGUUGGCGAUGAUGACGAAUUGAAGUACGUUAAAGAAGUGCAACAGAGCGAAAAACAACAGACGGGUGGCAAAGACUUUGGUGAUUACAACAGCGGCAAUGAGUUGGCAGAAAAUGAAGAGGCAACACACAAAUACAAAAUUGGCCAUGGCGAUGUUGCUGUUGACAUGAAAGAUGAAAAAGAAAUCGCAAAUGUUGUGAGUACUUUUACCACCAGUACCAAUUCCAACGACGAAAACAAUGGAAUUAGCAAUACUGAAGAACUGCAACAACAAAUAAUGGAAAAUAUCAAUAAUAAUCCUCUAGACAUCAAUUCCGCACUUGGUUUUGAAAAAUCUGAUGUGGAGAUAGAAGAGAUGAAGAAAAAUUAUCUCAAUGGAGGUGAUGAGGAAGACAUAAGUUCAUUGGCCUCAAAUGGCACCAGUUCUCUAAGUGAAAACGUGGCACAACAUUUUGGAAGCGAAACUGAAAAUGUAAAAGAGUCCCUUUUGCCCGAUGACGUGCAGACUAAGGACAUUUCUACGCCCUUGUAUGAUAUGGACAUCCCAUUGGAGCCAAAUGUCAAUGUCGAGGCAACACAUUGCCAACUUAAUCCGGAAGCAAAAGAAUUUGUUCCCAACUUUGGAUCUAAUCCAGCAUCUCCACUUUCACCACACCCUAACGAUAUUCAAUCGUCUAAUUUGGAUGGUGUAGAUUUCUUUGGACAGGCACCAUCUGCUGUUCCACGUCGUAUACUGGAUGACGAUGAUUUCGUUGCACACAGUCCACGCAAAGGUCGCUGUAACGACAUGGAUGUUAUUUCUUUACCAGCCGAACAGGAAUUCGAUGAGGAAGCUGAUAGACGCCCCCAUGAACUAACGCAGGACGAAGUAGUACUGUCAGAUAACAAUGUACCAUACGAUAUUCCCAACAAUGAAGUUGUUAGUAGCGACCCCAUAUUACAGUUGGCCGAAGAUCAAGGACCAGAAACGUCUGUUGAUCCCGAUGAUGACACACCUAAGGAAGAACAAUUUGAAAAGAUCUCCUUCGUCGAGAAUGACGUCAUGAAACAGUCAAUAUACCUGGCAAAUGACGAGCCUAUUGAAGAUGUUUUAAACAGUGUCCAGCCUAUACCGACCGAAAUCGAUAGCGUCAACAAUUCAUUCAUGGAUGACUUCACUGGCAACGACAUAGUUGGCGAAAAAGAACAACUUCAAACAGAAGAAAAGGAACAUAUAUCUAAUUCUCCAUCUACCGAAGAAAUGCACGUGGAACUGGAAAAUGCUCUGCCAUCGAAUGGCGAAGCUUUUGAAAAUCUAAUGCCAGAGGAAGACCUCAACAAUUAUGAGUCAAAAGAUACCUUAGAAAAUGUCGAAAAGGGAAAACUUCCUUCCUCCCCAGAACUCAUACACGAUGUAGAGCAAACUCUAGAAACAUUGGAUGAGAAUAUUGAACAGAAAUAUGCUGAAGUUAGCGAUGGUCUAGUACAAGGCGAUGUUGAAGCUGCAUCAAAUGCAUUACAUGUUGACGAGAAACAUUUAAUGGAGGAAACCAAAGAGACGCCCAUAAAUACAGUUGAGGAAAAAUGUUGCCUGGAGGAACAAAUGGACAAAAUGUCCAUAAAUGCAGUUCAGGAAAAUAGUGGACUGGAGGAACAAAUGGACAAAGUGUCAUUGAAUGCUGACGGCGAAAGUUUCCAGAGAGAUGAUACUCAAUCUUCUGGACAUGCCGAUGAAAAUAUUAAUGACGAACAUAAAACAUUGUCAAAUUUAGAGGACGAUAAAACCCAUCAAUUGCCAGAAGAGCCAAUAGACAAAGUUAAUGUCGAUGUCUUAACAGUUUCUUCUGAAAUUAAUGGAGUGGAAACAUUGGAGACUGAGAAUAAAUUUGAGAAUAGUUCGCUAAUUGGCGUUGGAGAAUUGCAGUCUCAAAAUGAAAACAAUAUCAAUGUCGACACAUCGGAUAUAAACAACAUGUCUAAUGAAUCCGCUCCCAUGUCUCCGGUCGAACCACUAAACUCUCCUAUAUCGUCAGAUAACUACCAACAGAAAUAUGAACCCGAAGAACCUACACCCGACAAUGAUCAAUGCAUUGAAAUAACAUCCAAUCAACUCCAAGUCGAUCAUCUUUCAGAAGAGGGCCUCAAAGAAAUACCAUGUGUUGAAAACGUAGAGCAAGCACCUCAAGAGAAUGUGAUACUUCAAGAAAACUCGGAGUUAGAUGUAACUGUAAACAGUGCAACAAUGGAUUCAAUCAACAAUGCUUUGGAUAUUACGAAUGAGGCUGCAGGUGCAGUAUCCCCACAAAAUGAGACGGCAGACUCAAUGCUAGAACAUACUGUCGACCAUGAAAGUCUUGUACAUGAUAAUAGCACUGCUUUCAACACACAUGACGACAGUGAAAAAGAUCUUAGCGGAGUACAUGUCCAAUCGGAAUUAAUAACGGAGCAAAUAUUAGAACCCGUAGGAAGCCAAGCUAUAAACCAAUGUGAAAUUAUUACUUUCGAAGCAUCCGAAGAUCAGACGAAUGUAGAAAGUGUCCCUAAAGAAGAACCAGAAUUAAGUAAUGAAGAAGUUGUAAUAAAGCAAGUCGCGACCGUAGAAGGUGCAUCUGAAGAGAAACCACAAUUGAAAUCUAGUAAUGAAGAAGCGAUAAAUCAAGUCGCACCAGAAUUGAAAUCUACUAGCGAAGAAGUUGUAGAUCAAGUUGCGCCCGUAGUUGCUUCUCUUGCUGAAAAGACUCCGGCGGUAUCAACUAACGCAAAAUCUGAUGAUACAAAGAAACCCACAUCAAAGGCAAUCGCUGGUACUUUAAAAACAAAACCAUCAACCGCUACUGCAUCUUCAAUUAAAAAGACUUCUGCCCCCAAGACUACAACUGGAAUUGCUGCUAAACCUAAAACUGGUCCAACCAAACCAAGCAGCGCUGUUUCCGUAGCCGAGAAGAAACCUAUUAAAAUGGCAGCCUCUGCAGCUGGAGUUGCUGGUGCACGUAAGCCACCGACAACUAGUGUGACCUCUAUACAUAAAUCGACAACGAAAACAACAUCGGGUACAUCUACAGUUCGUUCAGUAACUUCCACAUCCACUGCAAAGACUUCAGUGACCUCUACAUCCACUACUAAAACUUUGACAGCCAAGCCGAUGACUGCUACCCGCACAACAACAACUUCAACUACUGCACGCAAACCUUUGUCUUCGAAUGUCACAACCACUACUAAGUCUCGACCAGUAUCUGGAACCGCUUCGACUGCUACCAAACCUACUACUCUUGGAGUUUCAGCAACCACUGCAGCUGCUAAACCUAAAGUAACUUCACCACGCGCCACUUUAACUUCUCAACUGCGUAAGACUGCACCAGGAGCUACAAGUGCAGGCGCCAAAAGUCCAACUAAACAAACAACAUCCAGCUCGGUUACUAAAACAGCAUCAUCAGUUGUCGGUUCGCGAGCUAAAACUACAACUUCCACUACAACAGUCACCACAACAACGAAACAAUUCAUCGCUCGCCCCGCUCCCAAGACAAACUCAUCUGUUGUGGGCUCAACCACAACCACUAAUAGGCGACUCACAGUUGGCGGCACCGCCAACGCUUCCACUACCACACAAGCCACGUCGAAGACAACCACGAGUGCUACACAACGAAAAUCGUCACCAAUAAAACCAGUCGCAGGCAAAACACCAACCAAAUCGACUACAUCCUCCAUUGGUGCUAAAAACCCAAUAAAACCUGCAGCAAAAUCAAACACUCAAAAAUCGGCUGAGACGAAAUCGACCACGCAAAUGAAAUCUGUUGCUGGCGAUAAAGAGCUAAACGGAAAUGUAUCUCCUGACAACGAUUCGGCAGUGGAACCACAGCAACCCACUCCAGAGAAUACUGAACCAAUUGUUCCUAACUCUAGCGAGCCAUUCAUUCCGGGCGAGGGUGAUGGUAACGCCGACCAACAACUGCAAGUUGAAAUUAGUAGUGCUUAACACACUCACAAGGAGCUGAUUUGUCUUAACUAAAAUUGUACUCAUCAACAGCUUUUCCAGUAAAAGCAUAUUGCUUGUAAACGAACCUUAUUUGAAUCAAUUUUAGUGGCAAUCUGUAAUUGGCCGCCGAUCACCAGAGAAAUCAAUUUGUUCUAAGACUUGUUUAAAUGCGAAUCAUAAUGCGCCUCCAAAAUUAUCGAACUGAAAAAGGUUAUUUUUUGAUCGCAGACUGAUUGCAGAGAUCGCCUGAAACUUAAUAAUUAAUGAAAAGUAUUUGAAACACAUUUAUUAUACCACAGAUGCAUACUUAAAGCCGGGUGUUUAUUUUAGAAGUGACCUCAAUUUCUAGCUGUCCCAUCAAAGGGCUACUGCCAUUAGUGUAGCCUAACAUGUUCGUGCAAUAAUGCGAAUCAAAACAAAAACAUCAUUUUUAUUCAAUUUUUUUUUCUCCGGUCGCACGAAAACGGUUAAAAGUCACUUUUAAAGUAUCCUACCCCCUAAAAAAAACAUCAAUACUAUUUUCUUAACCGAAAGAUGUCUACCAAUCAUAUCUAGAGUAGUUUUCAUAACAACAACUUACGUUUACGAAAAACAAAACGAAAAAAAAAAUUAAUUUAUAUUUUUAUAUGCAUGCUCUACAUACUUAGUCUUCUAUAAGCAUAUUUAUAUUCUCUAGUACUAAUAAUCAAACUACUCAACUCUAUAGGACUCGUUAAAAUGAAAAACACACACACUUACAUAUUUAUAUACAUCAAAAUCAAUCAUUUCUACCCGUUUGUGUUUCGUUUAUUCCAUUUAUUUAUCGAACAUAGUUUCAGUUCGUCUCCUUUUCGUUUAUUGAUUGAAUGAGUUAUUAUUAUUUUUAGAGACUGUUAUGGUUUUAACUUGAUGUGAAUUUCGAAUCUGUUCCUGUCGAAAUGAAACGCCGAAAUUCCAUUCGAAUGUUAUUAUCUCUCUUUGUUCCCAGUGUAUUAUUUUUAUUUUUAUUUUAUUCCGUGUUUUAUCUACCUUUUUAAAGAAGCAAAAAAUUAUGUUUUUGUAUGCGAGUAUUUAAAAAUACAUAUAAUAUACCUUGUGAAGUAACGUUUACUUAA